ACGAAUAUUCUUCAUUCUCUUUCCUCCCGCUCCUCCCUCUCGAAUCGUCGGGGAUAAAUCGACUCGAAAAGAAAUCGAGGAGAAGAGAGGGAGAAGCCCUAGGCUGGGUCUCGUCGGAUUCUUGAUCCCAUCAAUUUCGGCGAAAAUUUCGGUUUUUGAGCUUCUGAAAUCAAUCAAGGGAGGUUUGAGUAGACUUGUGAGUGAAGCAUAUUGGCUUAUGGUGUUUCUUCUCAACAGCUGAACAUGCGGAAUAACUGGUUCCUUUUCUCAAACUUGGAUAUAGAUGGCGGAUACAGUAACAUCUUCCCUGCAGAUCCAAACUUAUCACAAGGUCUUGGGGCAGAAUUUUUGUCCCAUUCCCACCAUUUUAUUACAUCUGGAAGUUUAGCUCUUCAAGAAACAUUUAGUUGUAUCUCCAAGUACGCCGGCACAUUAUUUAUAUGGUCCUCUACCAGGUCAAAUUUCAAUAUAUUUCGUAAACUGUCAAGAAGCUCACGGGGCUCAAUGCCUAGAAGUAACCUAUUUCCUACACAAAUUAAACAUGCUAUUUCUUCAAGACAAGAGCCAUUUUGGUUGCAUUUUGCUGCUGGAGCAGAUGCUGGAUCUGGCAUUCCAGUGUUUUUUGCUAAGCUUGCAUCAUCCGCCAUAAGGUUCUUAGAAAAGCAAGUUCAGAAACAUCAGGCUUUUUCUGUGCUAUCAUUAGCUGCAGCUCUAAUGCCGCCAUUUGACAAUUUAUCUUCAAAGGUACUGGCUGGUUCCAUCCCAAUGCAAGACCAUGUUGAUCAAGUAAGUGGGACUAUGGAUGAUUAUCGAGCUUGUGAUAGUCUUGAUAUAACAAACACAUUCUGGGCAAGAGAUACAAUUGAACCAAAAACUGGCAUUACCUUCCCCUCAGUCUUAGACAGUUCUUUUUGUGGCGAAGAUGGUUCUCGUUUAACAGCAGAGGUUCUUGUUGGAACUGGUUCUAGGAGUAUGAGAGUAAUAAAAAUAAAAACUUUGAAGGUUUAUGCAUUUGGAUUUUAUGUCCAACCCAGUUCACUCUGUAAGAAAUUGGGUCCCAAAUAUGCCAAUGUGCCAGUCAAUGAGUUGGAAAACCGAUCAGAGUUUUUUGAAGAUAUUCUCAGGGAGGAUAUUCAUAUGACUGUCAGGUUGGUGGUUAAUUGCAAUGGGCUCAAAAUCAGUACUGUACGAGAUGCUUUUGAGAAAUCGCUCCGGGCUCGGUUGCAGAAGAUGAACCCUGGCACAGAUUAUCAUUGCCUGAGAGCAUUUGGUUCUUAUUUCCAGAAAGAAAUUCCAUUACCUGUGGGCACAACUAUUGAUUUUAAACAAACAGUAGAGGGCCAGCUGAUAACAGAAAUUGGUGGUAAUCUUAUUGGUGCCGUCCACAGCAAAGAUUUGUGCAGGGCUUUCUUCGACAUGUACAUUGGUGAUGCUCCUGUAUCAGUGCAAACCAAGCAGGAAAUAGCACAAAAUGUUGCAGGCCUAAUGAAGAGAUGCUAAGAUAAGAAUCAACUAGUUUGAACGGCUGUCUCGGUACCAAGCAGACGAUUCUUUUAUACAAUCAUAAUAUAGAGAUAGAAUCAGAUUUAAAAGUAGACGGUAUAUAUCAUGUAAAAUAGAGAGAUGAACAAUAUCAUCUCGUAUCCAUGUCCAAGAUUUAUCCAUGUAAACUUUGUUGCCCGUGUGAAAAUAGAAGUUUAGCCUCACUGGUUAUUAGAAAAGAGAUUCGUACUUUGAAGUAA